AUGUCGCGUUCCCCUUCGCGUUCGCGUUCUCCAUCGCCUCGUCGCGGUCCCAGUGAGGAUCGAGUGACCGAUCUCUUUGUGGGCCAGCUCUCCGGCAACGUGACAGAGGCUCACCUGGAGGAGGUCUUCAACUGCUAUGGGUCGGUCAAGCAAGUGGAAAUGCCCCGGGGGGGCCGCGCGGGCCAGCGCCGCAAGUUUGCGUAUGUGUCCUUUGAUACGGUGGAGGAGGCCGAGCGGGCGAUGGACUUUUUGAACGGCGCACAGUUGGAUGGACAAAAAAUCGUGGUGCAGCCCAAGCAGCCCCCGCGUCGCAUGUUCUCGCUCUCGUUCUCCACCUCCGCGCCGCCACUACGACGAUGA